AUUAUACAACGACAAGACCGAAUCUAAAAUAUCAUAACGGUUUUUAGUGGCGAGCGACAGCGGUAGCAGGAAGAGCUCGCCGUCUGCCAGCCAAAAAAUUUCAAAAAAAAAAACGCUCCUCGCUCUUCUCCAGCGACAAGUAUCUGUCGGUGGUCUGCUGGUGUGUACCGUACCCGUCGUUCCGUCGUUGUACUUUCCUCCGGUUCUAGUUAUCGAGCUGUCUGUUCUGUUGGUUCGCGCAUGCACCUCGCUUCCUCCAUUUGCUUUAUAGUGCCAGUGAGGGAAAUAUACAGUAGGUUAUAUAGCUGGCACUGCAGUUGUUACUAUGGCCGUCCCCGUGGCCUGUACCCGUUUUAGCGAUAACUACGAGCUGAAAGAGGAACUCGGAAAAGGAGCUUUUUCAGUCGUCAGAAGAUGUGUCCAAAAAUCAACGGGUUUAGAAUUUGCAGCCAAAAUUAUAAAUACAAAAAAACUUUCGGCAAGAGAUUUUCAAAAGUUAGAAAGAGAAGCAAGAAUAUGCAGGAAAUUGCAGCAUCCAAAUAUAGUGAGCAACCCAGAAGUUCUCAAACAUUUAGUGAGGCUGCACGAUAGUAUACAAGAAGAAAAUUACCAUUAUCUAGUCUUUGAUCUAGUUACUGGCGGGGAAUUAUUCGAAGAUAUCGUCGCCAGAGAAUUUUAUUCUGAAGCUGAUGCAUCACAUUGCAUACAACAGAUCUUAGAAUCAGUUAAUCACUGUCAUCAGAACGGUGUAGUUCAUAGAGAUCUCAAGCCUGAAAAUUUAUUAUUAGCUAGUAAGGCAAAAGGAGCUGCGGUAAAACUAGCGGAUUUCGGUUUAGCAAUUGAAGUACAGGGUGAACAACAGGCAUGGUUCGGAUUUGCGGGAACCCCCGGUUAUUUAUCACCGGAAGUUCUCAAAAAGGAACCUUACGGAAAACCAGUCGAUAUUUGGGCUUGCGGAGUCAUCCUUUAUAUCCUUCUCGUGGGUUACCCACCGUUUUGGGACGAAGACCAACACAGAUUGUACGCCCAAAUCAAAGCCGGCGCUUACGAGUAUCCGAGUCCCGAGUGGGAUACAGUUACUCCGGAAGCGAAGAAUUUGAUUAAUCAAAUGUUAUCGGUUAAUCCUAGCAAAAGGAUAACGGCUGCGGAAGCUUUAAAACAUCCCUGGAUUUGCCAGAGGGAACGUGUUGCUUCAGUUGUACACCGACAAGAAACGGUGGAUUGUCUCAAGAAGUUUAAUGCACGUCGCAAACUUAAGGGAGCCAUCCUCACCACAAUGUUGGCAACUCGCAAUUUUUCAAAAUGCGGUCGAAGCAUCAUCGUAAGAAAAGAAGGGGGAUCCCAAGUAAAAGAAUCAACGGAUAGUUCGACCACACUCGAAGACGAAGACAUUAAAGAGGACAAGAAAGGAGUCGACCGUAGUUCAACCGUAAUCGCUAAAGAUCCGGAAGGCCCUGGAACACCACCACCUUCUCCACGGGUGCCGACAACGUCCAAUUCACCUUCCAGUUCAAUCGCAACCGCUGCUAUUACGACCACAACCACCAACUUUCCCAUUUCACGUCCAACCGCUAUCAAUCUUACUCAGGCUUUAAUACAGGGUGUUCAAGAUAGCAGCGGUGCGCAGAAACUGGAUAAUGUUGAGAAAUGGGUGGACUCAACCAUCAAAUAUGAUCGUUUGCAACAUAACGAUUCAGAAAUAAGGAUAGUAUGUCCAGAAAAGCCAUACUCGCAGCUGUCCACAAAUUCCCAAAGUUCAGCUCGACGACAAGAAAUCAUCAAAAUGACUGAACAACUUAUCGAAGCUAUAAACACGGGAGAUUUCGAAGCUUAUACGAAAAUUUGUGAUCCACAUCUAACAGCUUUUGAACCCGAAGCAAUGGGAAAUUUAGUUGAAGGAAUGGAUUUCCAAAAAUUCUACUUCGAUAACGUUUUGGGAAAAAAUUGCAAAGCUGUUAACACCACAAUUUUAAAUCCUCACGUUCAUCUUUUAGGAGAAGAUGCGGCUUGUAUCGCUUACGUUAGAUUAACACAGUAUAUGGAUAAACACGGUCAAGCUCAUACUCAUCAAUCCGAAGAAAGCAGAGUAUGGCACAAACGAGAUAAUAAAUGGCAAAACGUUCAUUUUCAUCGUAGUUCCGGUUCCGGUGGAGCAACCUUUGGUUUUACCUCACACAAAUAGGAUUAUAUUCAACAUCCCUGAUAACUUAUUCUUCUUAACGCUACUUGUUGGAUUAAUAGAAUUAAAAGAAUACAAGAGAAACAACAAUAUUUGAUUUGUUUCCACCGGAAGAAUUCCGCUAAUUUUAAUAAUCAUUUUAUGUUUUCAUUGUUAAACAGUGGGAUUGUAAAACUGUUCUCUAUUAUAUUUAACAUUGUGUGAAUCUCAACGUUUUUCGUGAAUCGAAAAAGCGAGAUUUUUUUUACAGUUGUUGUUGUUUAAAAGAUUUUUUUAUGUAUUUUCUUUUUGUUAUUACGUUUAAAUUUUUAAGUGCCAAAAAGAGAAAUGUUAAAAUGAAUCUUUAAAUUUCUGCUUGAGGUUGUUGUAAUUGUAAUUUAUUAAUUUAAAUCUUUUUUUUUUAUCAACUUUUUGAAAUUUAAUGAAACGUAAGAUCCCUUAACUGCCUUAAGAUAUAACCUAUUAUAACACGAAUAAAAAAAAAAAUAUUAAGCGCUAAAAUUAUUACAAUUUUAACUAUCUAUCAGUAAAAAGAAGUUGUCGUUUAAAGAAAUAAAUAGUCACUUACUA